AUGCGGGCAAUUGUGUGCCUGCAGCGUGCAAGCUGUUUCCUGGCUCGCGUGAUGGAAGUUGAUUUCUUCAACGGCAUGUGUUACCCGAUGGCGUAUCAGGCGAGGUCGGCCAUGCCAACAAACUUCGAUUGCGAUUUGGCAUACACCCUGGGCUGGUCUGCUGGCAUCAUGGUGAACUUGGAGAAGACUGGGCAACUGGUGCAUGUCUCCCACUUGGAGAAGGACGUCAGCGAGUGGCGUGUGCGUGGACUUCCACUGACAUGCUUAUUGCGAACCGAGUUCGAGGAAGAAACACAGGAAUACCGAAUCUUGCCCGCAUACGUGCACCUGCUCAAGCAGAGGAACGUGCGAAGGCCAUUUGUCGACCUGCCCCCACCGAAGAACAGGACUAUUCAAACUCUUGGUCCUGUGCAGUACACGCGAGAUACUCCUGAGCUGAGGACCACUUGGUACAUGGAGAAUCAACCUAUCCAGGACCCGACCGAAGCCCUGCGAGAAACUGCGUAUUUGUGCAGCGAGCUUCAGUCGACAAUGGCAUUGGCCAAGGCAGAAUCGACUCUCUAUGCGGUCAACAGUUUGCUGGACAAUGCAGUAUCCGUGCUGGACGCAUACAAGCGUCUGCACGACUCGAAGAAGCGGGGUCAGCGGUCCUUGGCAGAGGUCCCCAUGGAACACCUGGCAAAGGUGUGGACGACGAAGCACAUGGACAGAUCCGACCACGGCUUGGAGCACAGGAGUCAUCACUCCACGCGGGGAGAGGUUCUCACGAAAAAGACCGACCUCGUUCUUGUCGGACACUUUGGCACACUUGCGACUGGAGCUUUGUGA